GCGCGCGGCUGUCUUUUAGUCACUGUGCGGUUUGGACACGUAUACCGUUUUCCCUCUGCCUCUCGGAUCGCUCCGGAUGGUGUUUAAAUGUCAGCAAAAUUUGACAGGCUGAUUAUUUGCGAGUGUUUUCCUCAGCUUUAAUUUUAGAUAAUAAGGGAACUCUCCUCUUGGCGUUGAACGUCAUCACGAACAGCUGAGAAAAUGAGCACCAUGACCGAGCAACCGUGCUACACCCUGAUAAACAUCCCGACCGACACGGAGCCGCUGAACGAGCUCCAGUUGAAGCAGGAUCUCGAGAAGGGUAGCGUCAAGACGAAGAUCGACGCGCUCAAGAAGACGAUACACAUGAUCUUGAGCGGCGAGCGACUGCCGGGCCUCCUGAUGACGAUCAUCAGGUUCGUUCUACCGCUGCAGAAUCACACCAUCAAGAAGCUGCUGCUGAUAUUCUGGGAGAUCGUGCCGAAGACCUCCGCCGAUGGCAAGCUGUUGCAGGAGAUGAUCCUGGUGUGCGACGCGUACAGAAAAGAUUUGCAGCAUCCCAAUGAAUUUGUCAGGGGAUCCACUCUUAGAUUCUUAUGUAAAUUGAAGGAGCCGGAACUUCUAGAGCCGCUGAUGCCGGCGAUAAUUGCUUGUCUGGAGCACAGGCACUCCUAUGUUAGACGUAACGCGGUGCUCGCUAUUUAUACCAUAUACAGAAAUUUUGAAUUUCUUAUACCGGACGCUCCGGAUUUGAUUGCGAAGUAUCUGGAGGGGGAGCAGGAUAUGUCGUGCAGAAGAAAUGCGUUCUUAAUGUUGCUGCACGCCGAUCAGAGUAAAGCCCUCGCAUAUUUGGCUGCGUGUCUUGAUCAAGUGCCGAGUUUCGGUGAUAUACUGCAGUUGGUCAUUGUUGAAUUAAUAUAUAAGGUUUGUCUUGCAAAUCCGUCGGAAAGGGCGCGUUUUAUCAGAUGUAUUUAUAGUUUGCUAAAUUCACCUAGCGCUGCGGUGCGUUACGAAGCAGCCGGCACGCUGGUGACACUUUCUAGUGCACCAACCGCGAUCAAGGCCGCGGCUUCGUGCUACAUCGAAUUGGUUGUCAAGGAGAGUGACAAUAAUGUUAAACUUAUCGUACUGGAUCGGCUAAUUGCGAUGAAAGACAGUCCCGUGUAUGAGAGGGUACUUCAAGAUCUUGUAAUGGAUAUACUCCGCGUUUUAGGAUCACCAGCCUUGGAAGUCAGGACGAAAACCCUGGCUUUAGCCAUGGAUUUGGUUACAACUCGCACGAUCGAGGAAAUGGUCCAGCUCUUGAAGAAGGAAGUUCUCAGGACAGCUGGCGGAGAACACGAAGAUGCUGGUAGAUAUCGCCAGCUCUUGAUACGAACUCUCCACACUUGUUCCAUGAAGUUCGCGGACGUUGCCGUUACCGUCAUUCCAGUACUAACUGACUUUCUGUCGGAGAGUAACGAAGCAGCAGCUACGGAUCUUCUUGUAUUCAUUCGCGAAGCCAUUCAGAGAUUCGAGAAUCUCAGACCGUUGAUCGUCGAGAAAUUAUUGGAGGUGUUCCCUCAUAUACGAUCUGUGAAAGUGCACAGAGCCGCGCUCUGGAUUCUCGGCGAGUACGCCACGUCGAAAGAAGAUAUUGAAGCCGUAAUGGGUCGUGUACGAGCGGCAUUGGGUGAGUUGCCGUUACUCGAGGCGGAAAACAAACGUCAAGCUGGCGAAAAGUCCGAGGAUGGUAAUGCGCAAGCCGCACCCGCGCAACUCGUCACGUCUGACGGCACUUACGCGACUCAAAGUGCUUUCAGCGCUGCAUCUGCUAGGAAGAAGGAGGAGAAGCGACCGGCGUUAGUGCAAUACAUGAUGGAAGGUGAUUUCUUUAUCGGCGCGUCUCUGGCUACCACGUUGGCGAAAUUGGCCCUCCGCUACAAGCUGCUCGAAUCCAACGUCCAAAAGAGCAACAGAUUGCAGGCGGAAGCGAUGUUCGUGAUGUCCAGCGUGUUGCAGCUGGGCCGUUCGGGUCUUCCCACGAAAGCGAUGACACACGACGACGCGGAGAGACUCUCCCUGUGCCUCAGAUCGCUCGCUUGUCCGACGCCUCUCGUGCAGAAGGUCUUCACCGAGGGCUGCCGCGACGCGCUCGGUAGAAUGUUGACCGCGAAAGCGGAGGAGGACUCGCAGAAUCAGAAGGCCAAGGAGAAGCCGGGCAGUAUCGUCCAGGUCGACGACGCGAUUCAAUUCUUGCAACUGAGCCGAGGAUCCGACCUGGCCGGUGGGGCCGGUGACAUGUUCGAGCAGAGCCUCAGCGCAGCUGUGGCAGGACGACCUGGCGCCAGCGGGGACGCUCCGAGUGCCCUGAGCAAAGUCAUUCAACUCACCGGUUUCUCGGAUCCGGUUUACGCGGAGGCCCUGGUCCACGUUAAUCAAUACGACAUCGUGCUCGACGUGCUGAUUGUCAAUCAAACGGAGGACACUCUGCAGAAUUGCACAUUGGAGCUCGCUACUUUGGGCGAUUUGAAGCUAGUGGAGAGACCGCAACCCAUCGUACUCGCGCCUAGAGAUUUUGCCAGUAUCAAGGCAAACGUGAAGGUCACAUCCACGGAAAACGGAAUCAUUUUUGGAAAUAUUGUAUAUGACGUGUCAGGUGCGGGCUCUGACAGAAGCGUAGUCGUUCUUAACGACAUACAUAUCGACAUUAUGGAUUACAUAGUGCCCGCAACGUGCACCGACACGGAAUUCCGCCAGAUGUGGGCCGAAUUUGAAUGGGAGAACAAAGUUUCCGUCAACACGACUCUGUCCGACUUGAGAGAGUAUCUUGCGCAUUUGUUGAAAUCCACAAAUAUGCGUUGUCUCACGCCAGAAAAAGCUCUUUCGGGACAGUGUGGAUUUAUGGCCGCAAAUAUGUACGCUAAAUCGAUAUUCGGCGAGGACGCUCUAGCGAAUUUAUCUAUCGAGAAACCACUAAACAAACCUGACGCGCCAGUGGUCGGUCACAUUCGUAUCAGAGCCAAGAGCCAAGGUAUGGCCUUAUCUCUGGGCGAUAAGAUUAAUUCGGCGCAGAAGGACCCGCUGACUAAAGUCGUGCAAGUCGCUUGAAUUGCAUCGACAAGGUCCGCUCUGCGCGACUCGGCUUGAGGUUCUUCGAAUCGGAUGACUUACUUUUAUGAAAUUUACAAAACUUUAAAGAUUAUUAUUAAAUGAUUUUUGCAUAUUUAUGGCAUUUAAAGCGUGUUAUUUAGACAAUACAAACAUCCCGCUCUUUCGUAGAUAUACCUUUAGUUGUGUAUUAUUCGCCAAUCGAAAUACAUUGGAUUUAUUCGCAUAUGAAUCACAGUUUUAAUAGGAUACAUAUUAAUGUAAGUAAUCCAUGUUAAUUUGUAUGAUAUUUCAUUAUAUUACAUCUGCCAAUAUGUCAUAAGCAUGCAAUUUAGUGCCGUACAUGAGAAUAGAAUGUAUUCAUAGACACGAAAAUAAAUGUACGCAGUUAUACUUUAUCUAUA